AUGUCAUCAGUAUGCUAUAAUCCAUUUAUAUACUGUUGGCUAAACGAGUCGUUCCGUAAGGGGUCCACAAAAUUCUUGCUGAUAUUAUUCAAGUGCAGCACCAAAGCCAAGGCCAGUGGCGGUGGCGGUAAUGUUGGGGGCAGUAAUGGCGGCACCGGUGCCGGUGGUAACGGCCAGACGGGCGCACACGAGCCGCUCACUAGUCCGGUGACCGGCCACGAGAUCAUCGGCGACGACAAACUUCAGACUACAGUUACCACACAUUUGUCGCCAAAACAUAGCGAAGCGAAUAAUUGUCAAAUCGCGUCCGUAUGA